UUUCAUAUUUCCCAUUACCCAAAGUCGCGAAAUCAUGUUCCUCUCUUCAGCCCGCGUCGUACAUUCACAAAUUCAGAUAUCAAAAGCUUCAAAGAAAUUUUGCAAUUCCAAUUCUCAUUCUCAUUCCCAGUUUAAUUGCUGUAUACCCUUGCUGUACCUUUCUUUUCCCUUUUUUCGCUUUUGACUGCUGUUUUAUCGCCAAGACGCGAUACUGUAUGUACAAAUUAUAACAAUCCUACUUUCCCACGUAUAUGCCCUUUUGAUAAGGUCCCAUGUCUCCUUUGUCACUUCCGUCCCUCUAUGACGGCGGUCAAUCAUACAGUUGGACAACCACCACUGAUGAACCCUAUUAUACUGAUGAUGAUUUGAUUAUUUUACAUGAUAUCGUCGUUCGCGCACAACAUCUCUUACCCACUCUACCUCCAAAGGAUAGACUCCCCACAUUAGCACUCGCCAAAGCAUACUAUGAAUUCCUCCCUGAUCUUGGAAUUCAUCCCGACCAUGACAGUCGAUACUUCAGGUUUAUAUUCAAAAUCGGCGUCACUGGAGAACCCACCGGCACACUCUUCGACAAGUUCGAAGAAUGCUUGGCCAAAAGAGGCAUUACUCUCGAAUUCGAUUACAAUACACAUGACUAUCUACGAAGUAACAAAGCUACUUCUCAAGAUGUCGCAGAUAAUAAAGAGAGCGACACUCUCUACAACGAUGAGAAUGAAUCACCAUUACCACGACGCAAUUCUGAGACAGGCGUCCUGGAUCUGGGGAUUGCAGCACAGGCACAAGCUCCACCGCAAGAGCCAAAACACAAAAGGAAUAAAUCAGUCUCUCCUCUACCUCUUGGGCUUGCCACACCCGCAAAACUAAAUGAACUGAAGAGCUUCAUUUCGGAAGCUACUCGCGCACCAUCACCGGAAUCUAUCCCAGAACCUACACCACAACCACCUAGAACUACCCAAAAAGGGCGCGAAGAACGUGGAUUAAACAACGUUAGAAAUUGGCUUGAAGCCAGUGAGGACGGGUCGCCUCGCAGUCAGAGCAGAUCGAUUUCUGCACAUGGCAGCAUUCGCUCAAUCAAUCGACACCCAGAGAGAGGUGCUCCAAGGGGUCGUCCAUCUGGUCGCAUUCCCAUAAACAACACCACAUACGAAUAUCAAGACGUCAGCGACGAGUUGACCACCCCUUCGCAAGCUGAAGAAGACGAAGCGCAAAAAGCCGAAGAACAAGAAGUCGAGGAGCGAAAGGCUGGACAGCUCGAAUUUGACGACGAAGAUGGCGAAGAGCAAUUUCAUGACUCGUUUGAGGAAUUGGAAGAGGAAGAGGACGACGAGGAGUUCUAUGACGCGAGCGAAGUAUUUGAUUUAAAUAACCCUUGGGUUCGACACGUAAUCAAACAAAAUAAAAAAGCGAAAAUUAUCAAGGAACAUUACUUUGAUGAUUUGGUGAUCAGAAAGCUACUUUCAUGGCGAGAUCAAGCAAGGGAACGUCUAGAACGGAAAGCGAAGCUGAACGCUGUAGCUAUGAAGCACGACACUGGCGCCUUGAAAGAACAGGCCUUGUCUGGCUGGCUCGAAAGAGCUCGCGCCAAAAAAAUCCAACGAUUGCUGCUGGAAGCCCAGGCGCAAAAACAACAGCGUCGACAGGAAGAGCAACAUCUUCAAGAGGAGCAACACCUUCGGGAAGAACAACGCCUUCAAGAAGAGCAAGAAAAGCAACAACUUGCCCAUCAAGUUCAAUUGGAAGUCAAAAAGGCUGAACCGAAAACUGUUGUAAUGAAAAAUAAUAACAACGCUCUGAAGGAGCAAGCACUGUCUGGUUGGGUGGAAAAAAUCCGGGCCAAAAAGGCGCAAAAGCUACUCCUAGAAGCCCAGGCGCAACAACAACGCCUCGAUGAACAAGAGAAGCAGGAACUUGCUUAUCAGGCUCAAUUGGAGGCUGAGCAGAGACUCUAUGAACAAAGAAUACAUGAAGCUCAACAAGCAAAGCUUUAUAAGGCGCAGAAAGAUGCCGAAAAAGCGCGCCUGGCCGAACUGGAAGCUGAGAGAGCCGAAUUAGAAUUUGAGCAGAAGUUCCGGGCGAAGGGAAAGAAAUUUGCAAGGAUCGGAUUAAGAGCCGUGUCGUGCAGAAAUGAUUUUCUCAAGGAGAAGGCUUUCACCCAUUGGUUGGCGAUAGCUCGAGACAAAGUCGAAGCCACAAAAGCGGCAGAAAGACAGAUGAUGAGGUCACGCACUUUCAAGGCCUGGAAGUCUCACACGAAGGAGAACGAGGAGAAAAUCCAGCUGGGCGAGGAAAAAGCUCGACAAGUCCAACUGAAAAAAUUCCUCGGCAAAUGGAAAGCAAAGAAGGAAAAAAUCGAAGUGGAUGAACUGGAAGCUGCUGAAGUUGACAAGUGCAAUAUGCUUGAACGAGUCUUUUCAAAGAUGGCCGAGAAGAAAAAGGUCACAGAUUUUUCCAAAGAAGUCGAGCAAAGGAAUAAGCAACGGGCUUUGUCGACAUGGGUAGAAAAGGCACAAGCUGUGGCCGAAGCCACUCAGCUAGCAGAUGACGAGAACCUACUGAAGGCGGUGGAGAAAACCAUGAAAACUUGGAAACAAAAGACGGUAAAACAAGUUGCACUCAACCAGGAAGCCGAGAUUAUAGCCGAAACGAAGAAAAAAGCCGAUUCUAUGCAGAAAUGGCACCGCGAAGCUCAGACAGCCCCUGCUAGAAGAAAGGUACAGGGUGGCCACAAUGCAGGUGUACUCAAAGGCGCUUUGCAUAGUUGGAAAAAACGUGCCGAGAAAGAGAAGCAAGCUACAGAGAUGGAUCGUGCCAAGAUCCUCCGUGAAGCAUUUACCAAAUGGCGACAUCAGACCAGGGCGAAGAUAUCACAGGCCAUCUCAGAAGGCCGUGCUGUAGCCAAAGCCUUCAAGAUCUGGGAAUUGCAGACAAAGUUAAAAGGUGCCAAGGCACAGAGGGAGGAAGAUAUCAAAUUUGCAUGCUUGGAAGUUUGGUUCGAUAGGGCUCAAGAUACACGAAGCAGACGCUGGGAACGCGAAGAGACGGCUCGACGAUACGACAACACAAACCUAGCAACGUCUGUUCUCAAAUGCUGGUAUGCAAGAAUGGAUGAAAAGGCAGAUUUUGAGGCCCAAGCGACGGAACUUCAAGCUCCUCGAAUUCUAGGUGAAUGUUUCGAUUCCAUGCGCGAGAAGGUCAAGAAAAUCGCCAUAGAUAAUAAAACCGCUCGCGGAUGCAGAAAAUUCUUCCUAAUGAGGACGGCUUUGUAUGCAUGGCGAGACGCAACAUUUAAGGCGAAACGAGAAAAGCGUAAACAAGCAUAUAUUAAAGUUCGAAGAAACAGAAAAUACGCUAUUGCAAGAAGAUGGUUUUCAUCUUGGCGCGCCAAGGCACAAGAGAAAAUGGCAUUGAAUGAGCAGGCCGGUCAGUUCGCCCAAGGUAAAACAUACAUCAUAGGUAUGGACAAGUUUGACCAAUGGAGAGCUCGAACGGAUGAAGUAGCCGAAUAUGAACCCCUUUGGAAAGAGAUGGUCAUGAGGAAGUUCUUCAAUAGAUGGAAGAAUCGCACCGAGUCAUUACAAGUGUUGAACAUCGAGGCAACACUUGACCACCAGGAGCACAACCAAUCCGAGGCGCUUCGAAAAUGGAGGUUGAAGGCGAUACAAGCAAAAGCCAGGGCGAAUACUGCAAAGGAAGUUCACGAUAGGAGCACAAGGAGGGGACAGAGAAAGAUGCUUCAUCACUGGCAAAAGCGAACUGCGAAUCAGCGACCAAUCGUGGAGGAUGGCACACCUCCUGGAACUGAGACAGCAGAGAAUUGGUCAGAUUUUGGAGAUGAAGUUGAGAUGGAUGAAAUCUCGCGAAGACUUUACGAAAAGCGACCGGCUAUUGAGAAGAGACCGGCUGUCUUGAAUCCAAUAACCCCUGGAUACAUGGCUACACCCUCUCGAAGAAGAGUUGCUGCAUCUGUACGUUAUCAAUCUACAAGUGCCAGAGGGGCAUUGCAAACCCCGAGAACUGCUCCAAUCAAGAGUAGGUUCAGCGAGUUCAGGAGCAUCAGGGAAUGA